UGGCAGGGUUAUAAUUGAAAAAGUAGCACAAUUUGUUAUGUGAUAAAUUUAGGAAAUUUCUUAGAUAUGGGUUCAUUUUAAAGUAUAGAAACUCAAAUUUCCUUAUUGAUAUAGGUAGUUAUACUGUGGUCCCAUACUCCCAUUAGAAUUUUCCGUUAAUUUUAUCAGAAUUGCUCUCUAUAAAUAUAUGGUCCUUUAUUUUGUCGUCCUCACAGUUUCGCGUCUCAGUAAAAAGUAUUGCUAUGGCGAGCAAAGUAUUGUUGGACGACAUGGAGCCUUGGCUGGACCUUCAGGGGAAGGUCGUGAUGGUCACCGGCGCCUCCUCUGGUCUCGGCCGCGACUUUUGUGUCGAUCUCGCUAAAGCCGGUUGCCGCGUCGUAGCUGCCGCUCGUCGCGUUGAUCGCCUUAAGUCCCUGUGUGAAGAAAUCAAUAGCCUCUCUCUAUCGACUCCGUCUUCUUCUUCGGGUAGCGUCAGAGCUAUGGCAGUCGAGCUUGAUGUGUGCGCUGAUGGACCCACAAUAAAGAAAUCUGUGCAGAGGGCUUGGGAGGCGUUUGGGCGGAUUGAUGCUUUGGUUAACAAUGCCGGCAUUAGAGGUAAUGUGAGAUCUCCAUUGGAUUUGUCCGAGGAGGAAUGGAACAACGUUAUGAAAACAAACUUGACUGGGACUUGGUUGGUGUCAAAGUAUGUCUGUAUACAAAUGCGUGAUAAAGGUCAUGGAGGAUCAGUCAUUAACAUUUCUUCUAUUGCUGGUCUUAGUCGUGGGCAGUUGCCUGGUGCUGCUGCCUAUGCUUCUUCCAAGGCUGGUGUGAACACGUUGACUAAGGUUAUGGCGGUUGAAUUGGGCGUACACAAGAUCAGAGUAAAUGCAAUCUCACCAGGGCUUUUCAAGUCAGAGAUAACACAGGGACUGAUGAAGAAAGGUUGGCUGUCCAAUGUUGCUGAAAAAACUGUCCCUUUAAGAACAUACGGCACCUCCGAUCCAGCGUUGACAUCGCUAGUUCGAUAUUUGAUUCAUGAUUCUUCAGCAUAUGUUUCUGGAAAUGUAUUUAUUGUAGAUGCUGGUGCUACUCUGCCUGGCGUCCCUAUUUUCUCAUCCCUCUAAGUAGUUGCAGUGCCAGGUAUAUCUGUGUCUAUGUAAUUUUUUGUCAGUCUUGAAUACAAUAAAGCUAUUUAUAUCUUUGUAAAAGCUCCCAACAAUAGAAGAUGUUGUAUUACUUGUUAAGACAUAACAAGCAAAGAACUCUAAACUUCAAUUAUAGAUAUUAGUAGAAAGAAAAGAUCAAGAACAAUUGUAAUGCUUGAAAAUUGAACAGCAGAGUUCAUUAGAAUUGAAUUAGUUACAUCUCUAAUUCUUAUUA